AUGGUUUAUGCUGCUGGCAUAAAGACAGCCUUCACCCUCUGCGACCUCACAGCCACCAUGACCCCAGGGCCUCUGGGGUCCCAGAUGGAGGUCAGAUCGCCCUUCAGCGGGCACCAGGCAUGCAAGAGAGGACCAGGCCGAAGCGGAGGUGCGGUCCGUUUGCAUCACGUCAUCAUCAAUGUGGGAGGCCGCCUGGUGUGCUUGGCCUGGGUGGCCCUGGCAUGCUGCCCGCUUUCACUCCUGAAGCGCCUGCAGACCUGCCGCAGCCAGGAUGAGCUGCUUCGCGUGUGAGACUAUGACAUGAGCCGCAAGUUCUUUGACCACAGCCCCUGCGCCUUCCGCGCCAUCGCAGUGCUGCUGCGCGCUGGCAAGCUGCGGCUGUUGCGAAAACCCUGCACCUUCCGCGAGGAGCUGGCCUACUGGGGCAUCGGCCAGACGCGGCGGCGCUGCUGCCUGCGCCACCUGCUCCACCGCGAGGAGGCUGGACGUGGUGAGCAGCAGACCCUGGCGCAUACCGUGGGGUCUGGGCCGCUGCAGCGUGGCCCCUAGUGUCUGCGCGACGUGCUGGACAACUUGCACUCGAUCCCCGCGGGGAAAUUCUUCACCUGCGUCUCGGUGGGUUUUGUGGCCAUCACAGCCGUGGGCCUGUGCCUGAGCACUAUACCAGACAUCGGCGCCGAAGAGGAGCAGGGCGAGUGCUCCCACAAGUGCCGUAACCUGCUGGUGUUGGAGGUGGUGUGCGUGGCCUUCUCACUGGAGCUCCUGCUGCGCUCUCUGCAGACUAACAGCAAGUGUGCCUUCCUGCGGGCACCGUUAAACCUCGUGGACAUUGCAGCCAUGAUGCCCCUGUUGGUGUCACUGCUGGCAUGGCUGGCAGUGGGCACGGACCCUGGCCAGUGCGGGCUGCUGGAACCAAUGUGUGCACUCUGUGUAAUGUGCGUGGUGUGCCUUGCAGGGUUGCGCUCGCUGGGGUUGACCGUGUGUCAUUGCAUACAUGAGCUCGGCCUCUUGCUGCUGUUCCUCUGCGUGGCCAUGGCACUAUGUGCACCGCUCAUGCACCUAGCUGAAUGUGAGCUAGGCAUGUACCACAACUUUGCCAAUGUGCCUGCCAGCAACUGGUGGGAUGGAGACAUGGUGCCGCGCAGCCUGCCUGGCCAGGUGGUGGCACUCGGUGGCAUCCUGCUGCUGGCCCUGCCUGUCACAGCCAUCUUCUACAUCUCAUGCUCCUAUGCCAAGCUCCAUGCGCAGAGGCGCCCUGCAGCCAGCCCAGGGUGA